UAUGAAUGGGUGUGUGAGUGUGUAUGUGAUCGUGCCCUGUGAUAGAUUGGCACCCUGUCCAGGGUGUACCCCGCCUUGUGCCCGAUGCUCCCUGGGAUAAUCUCCAGGUUCCCCCGUGACCCUGAAGGAAACGAUAAGCGGUAUAGAAGAUGGAUGGAUGGAAAAUCCUGUAUGUACUGCUGUGUUUUAUUCUGUUCUCAGCACACACCAAAGUGUGAUGAGCGUUUCUCACUGGUUUGUGGCAUUAGCUGCUCUGCAGUAGCUCUAUAAUGGCAGUCAAGUUAGAUGUGUGUAAAUGACGGUUGUUUUUUUUUUUUUUUUUUUUUUUUUUUUGGCACAAUUUUAAAUACCACACACACACACACAGCAGAAUGCAGGGAUUUGUGUGCCAUUGUUUGUAGUCUGCAGAUGGCACUGGCUGAUUUUUGAAGCUGAACAAAAUGUGUGAAAUACAACAAACGGCAAAAUUUUCAACAGAGAGGGAAAUAGUUCCUGUCUCACCGCUUUGUUAUUUCGGCACCAUUUUGCGAGAAGAUUCUAAGCAGAAUUGCAGUCACGCUUGUACGUUUUUCAUAGCAGUUUAGUCAUAUAACUUUUUCGGAAAUGGAAUUUUUUAAAUUAUUCUUAACAUUCUUGCUUACAGUACUCUGUAUAAAGCGGCUGAUGUUUACAGACGUGUAACUGAAGAAGGUUCAGGUACAGCAGGUGUGUUUUUUAUUUAUUUAUUUAUUUAUUUAAAUUUUUUAUCCUCUUCUUCUUUCUCUUAUCAUGUCCUGGAGUAUGUUGACUAUAGUUGUAAGCAUUAGCCUAUUAGCAAGAUACAGCUUGCAGUAUUUACUUGUCUUGUCUUGUAUAUCUGUGGUUGAGACAGGCUUGGUGUGUAUUUAACAUAAUAUCUGUCAGUGAAGGAUUAAUGAGGGUGUUUUAUGUUUGCUCCAUUUUCUCCAAUCCCACCAGGGAUCGUUACCAAGCACCCUACCAGGCUGUUGGGUACAGUAGGGUAGGGCUGGCCGAUAUAACACGGACAAUUCCGAUCACAAAUAACGCGACUCCAUGAAAGAUGUCAGAAGAGGUGAUUGUGAUCGCCAAGUGGGACUACUCGGCACAGCAGGAGCAGGAACUUGACAUCCGGAAGAACGAACGCCUGUGGCUCCUAGACGACUCAAAAACGUGGUGGCGUGUCCGCAACGCUGCCAACCGCACGGGCUAUGUGCCAUCCAACUACGUGGAGAGGAAAAACAGUCUGAAGAAGGGCUCGCUGGUGAAGAACCUCAAGGACACUCUGGGUCUGGGUAAGACCAAGCGGAAGCCGAGCACGGAUGCCGAGUGCCCACCGAACGGCGUCGGAGCAGGGGCAGAGCGCAUCUACGAGCUGCACACGGCGGCGGUGGCCAAGUUUGCGUACACGGCAGAGCGCGAUGAUGAACUGAGCCUGGCGAAAGGCGCACGUCUGCUGGUGCUCGAGAAAUGCAGUGACGGCUGGUGGCGCGGCCGCUGCGGUGACGGCCGGGUCGGGUGGUUCCCCUCCAACUACGUCCAGGAGGAGGAGGAGGAUGAGGAGGAGGAGGAAGACGCAGGUAUGGGUGAUGGGCAGAGCUCACGAGCGUUGCACAAAGUGCAGACGCUUUACCCCUUCAGCUCGGCCACAGAGGAAGAGUUGAAUUUUGAUAAAGGGGAAAUCAUGGAGGUCUUGGAGAAGCCUGAGAAUGACCCCGAGUGGUGGAGGUGUAAAAACGGUCAAGGCCAAGUGGGCCUCGUGCCCAAAAACUAUGUGACGGUGCUGAAAGAUGGGUCGGCACAAGGAGGAGGGGCCAGCAGUUUCACCGUCCAUCCUGUGCAGCAUGCAGGCCCCACCCACACGGGCAGAUUCGCUGGGAAGGACUGGUACUACGGCAGCGUGACGCGGCACCAGGCUGAAUGCACGCUGAACGAGAGGGGAGCCGACGGAGACUUCCUAGUGAGGGACAGCGAGUCCUCUCCGAACGACUUCUCCAUCUCCUUGAAGGCAUCGGGCAAGAACAAGCACUUCAAGGUGCAGUGUGGCGAGGGCGUGUACUGCAUCGGGCAGCGGCGUUUCAACACUAUGGACGAGCUCGUCGAGCACUACAAGAAAGCACCCAUUUUCACCAGUGAGCACGGAGACAAGCUCUACCUUGUCAAACCCCUGCAGUGACCUCCCAGCCAAAAACGAACCUUAUCAGACCUCACACUGAGCCAAGCCUCCUUACUGAACUCCUUGAUGGUCAGUUCUCACCAGCAAGUGGGCAAGAGUGCCAACUCACGCAACUGGGCGGUGACACUGUUACCCUCUUACUGUUGAAUUUCCUGUUUACUACGUCAGAUAUUUUGUCCUCGCCGGACAUAAAACCGUCUGCUAAUAAAUCUUUCCAGUUAAGUGUUGACCGAUAAUAAGAGGCGCACGCUUUUGUUGCCGCAGUUCCGAUUCAGAUUUUACACUGCGAACAGACUUAAGCUGGCAAGAAAUAGCCUUUUAAUUUUAUUUUUGUUAUAAAUUGAUUCGACGGUACGAUAGGGAAUAUUCUGAGCCUUCACGUGGCAGUCUGUAUCAGAGGAGCUACAGGACUGUCUGUCUACGUGUUGCAAGACGAGCCAAUUUGUGACACACAGAUACUGACUGCCCCCUGCUGGACACACACGCACACGCGCGCACACAUAUACAAAAGGAUGCAUGGACUCACACAAGGGAGGUCUGUUUAUGAGAUGAGAUGAAUGUCAAAUGCUCAACCAAAUGUGCCACACACUCGUUAAGUGUAACGAUCCACAUUUAUUCCAACCCAAAAUCGACAAUAGCCUGAGUCGUACUAUAUCUGUUAUGGGUAUCUUGUAUAAUUACAAGACAGCUUUUUUUUUUUUUUUUUUUUUCUCUGUACACGCCUUUAAUUUCCCAGCUUUUUAAAAGUAUUUGUCUGAAUGUAAGAGCACUGUUAUUUAAAUCUGUGUCUAUUUAAACUAGAGCAUAAGGUGCAUAUAGGAGUUUACUAAGCACUGUACCAAUGACCGUUAUGUUGGACGUUGAUAUACAUUUUGUUUAAUUAAACAUUUUGCAAAAUAA